AACAAAUCUGGCAAAGGCAAUCGUCCGUUUGUGACCUUCAUCCGCCUCCGGCGAGGUAGUGGGCGGACGGGCCCUGGCCCUGCAACGAUGAAGGUGGAUAAGGGCGUGUGCACCAACGGCACGUUGGAGGACCUUAACCGGGCCAUCCAAUUCGAGGCCGUCUUUUCGACGCUCGUCGAAAACAAGAUACUGGCAAUCAAGCGUGAGUGUGAGCUGAAGAAGCGGCACAAAAAGUCACGCCUCCUGCGGCGUAUCCUUUUCGGCCGCAAGGUAUCAUCGGGUGGGGCGGGAGUCGGUAGUUGCUGCCAUCGCGAGGUUUCCGCUACCAAUAGUAACAGCAGCAACGAUGCAAACGCUGCCGGCGAACCGUUGUGCCCGGGUCAGAAUGGAACUGCAGGAAGCGCGCAUCAUCAGCUUCGAGACGGGGUAGAUGUCGGUUUCUAUAGCUAUGGGCCUACACUGCCGGAAGCGUCCUUUGCCGUGGAAAACUCCACCAUUAGCGAUGGCGUUGAUGAGGUUAUAGUGGAAAUCGGUGACCUUUCGUCGCUGGUCGAUGCCGAUGGGAAUGUGGUUGUGAGAACGGCGAGCGUGGAACCCGGCAGUUAUGGAGAAGAGGCGAAUGGUCCUGCGAGUGAGUCGGUAGCAGCUGGUACCCGGUCCAGGAUGUCCGUUGCCGAAUCCGUUUCGACGAAAAGUCCCGAAUCGCUCGAAACCCGUAGAAGUAGCGGCCGUGCGUCUGUUACCGCACCCCGGAAGUCCUCCCUGCUGGAACCGGUUUCGAUUGAGAUCGAGCCAGAAUCGGAUCCGCUCAGCGCACACUACGAUAUGGAGGACAGUGCGACGAAUGUUUCGAUUGAGCUGGAUGGUGUUAGUGAUGUUUCCGACAUGCGGCGUAGCAUUGCGUCGGAACCAAUAUCUAUUAUUAAGAAUUCGACCCGAUCGCGAUACGGGCAGGGGUCGUAUCUUUCUGCCGGCAAUGCCGUUGCCAACCGACUGCGGGUGCUUGAAGCGAAGUCAAUCAGCGCCCAGAACAGCCCGAUACUGCCACGUCAGAAGCCUGCGACCGAAGGACGCCAUUUGACGUUUAGCACGGCCACCUACCAGCAGACGAAGUCGUCGGCCAAGGCUAGCGCCAUCGACUGUGAUACCUCGUUUGUGGUGGAUCUCAGCCAGUCGGAUCGGGAUCAGCAGCAGCAGCAGCAGCAACAGCAACAGCAACACAACAACUCCACUGUGAUAGUGAAGGACAAGCCGAUCGGCCAGGCGGCAGGCGGCAGCAAGAAGUCAGCACUAGUUCUAGGCGAUAAUAGCAGUAGUAGUAGCGCUAGUAAGAGAAACAAAUUAACGCAGCCCCAUUCAGCCAUUGUGGCGUCCAUCGGUCGGGCCACGGCGGCACAGCAGCAGCAUCAGCAGCAGCCGCAGCCAGAGGCGCCGUCUUCGCCUCCGCUCGGACUCAUCGAAAGCUUUAUCCAGCUGACGGCAUCCAACCUACCUGUGAUAGCAUCUACCGCACGACAUUCACCGCCGGUUAGUGAUCUGGUCAAGCUGCAGCAGCACCACCUUACCAAUACUCGCCAGCAGCAACAUCGGCCCUCCUCCCCGUCGAUCCUGCUCGACACCUUCUGUCGCGGUGAGGCUCAUCCUUCCUCCGACGCUCACUCGCCCAUUCCUUCCAGGCGUGCUAGCAAAGGAUCAGCUGCAGUACCCACGUCUGCGGAUGGUGUCUCUGCAACGGUUUCCACGGGAACGUUACAGCCUUUGCCAGCUGGCUCUGCCCAACCGAAUCAACCAACGCAGGCACAACGUAAGCCUCGGAGCUUCCUGAAACAAUCCAGCUGCGAUGUUGAGCUGCACUAUCGGCCAACCGUAUCCGGUACACGGCGAUCGAGCGCCAAGGAACACCAUCAUCACCGUAAGAGCAGCGCCUAUGGCCAUGGCGACGAUUAUUCCUCCUACAUCAUGGGCUACGACAUCAACGAGAGUGACGAGGAGAAACUGAACAAACGGAAGUACAAAUAUUUGAAGCGAUGCUCGGACCCGGUCAUAGUGUUCCCGUCGACGAGCAGCGGCACAGGAGCAGGCGUAGGUGGCGGUCCCGUCGGCGGCAGUGGCCUCCAGCAUUGCAUCCUCAGCCGUCCUCCGAAUCAACCUCUUCAAUUCCCCUACGACGAAGACUUCAUGUACGAUGUUUCACUGCAAAUUGAAUCCGAACGUCACGGGGAGCUGGAUUCAAUAGUGCCUGAGCAUAGGAGGAAGCAUAAACACAGACAUCAUCAUCAUCACCAUCGACACUGUAAGAAGAAAAGACACAAGAAGCGCAAAAUUCUGGUGCACGAUCUGGACGACCAAAGCGUAAAGGUGAUAGACCCGGACGAUCUGCCGCAACGUGCCAGAUGGACAAUCAUUGCGACCGCAUGCCUAUUACUGAUUAUGUGCCUACUAUUAGUUGGAAUCACACUGCGGAUGGCUCCCAUCAUCGACGAUAUGGUGCGCCAGGAGAACGAACGGCUCAUGCGGGAGUCGCUCGAUAGGGCGAAGAUGAUUAAAAACUACACCGAGUACAACCGGAUGAUUGGUGGCGAUGAAAUUCCUUAACGAUUUAUCCUCGGUCCGAUAUGCGAUGCGCCCGCGAUGCAGACC